AUGAAAACCAUGUAUGCUAUAUGGUAUAUACUUAGCUUCGCAAUUGUCAUAGGCUUUGCUCAAUCUCUUAUCAUUGAAUAUGAAGGCACGCAUAACAUAUUUAACGCUAAAUUUGUCAAUGUUGAUCUAGAAUUGUUAAACAAUACUGAUGCCAAUUACACAUACAACGGCUACAAAGUGCUUUAUACUAAUAAGAUGUUUUUACUGGUGGGCUUAGACGAUAGUAUAAUGCCGUCAAAUGACAAACGAGAAAUCACAAAAGAUACCAGAGAGGAAUGGACCAACGUUAUUCAAUUGGGACCUAAUUUUGUGAAAUCUUUAUCAAAUGUUUCUUAUGCCGAUGUGAUUUCUGAACCUAUUACUGAUUAUGAGGUAGCAAUUUCUGGGUUACAUAUCACUGAACGCUAUCGGAACAUUGAUCUGAGCGAUCUCAACGUUGGGUCCACUUUUAACAAUAUAGUGAAAAGUUUUGGUUCCGCUGCUGAUGCACUUGCGUCUUCAAUUUACGGGUAUGAGACUCCCAAGGAGUGUGGAAUGUACACCACACAGCAUGGUGAUACCUGGUUUCAAAUUCAUACGUGUACCACUGGACGCGAUUGUGAUGCUAUAUCAAGCCUCAAAAUUGUUGAAGAAGCUGUUGAAGAAGCUGUUGCUCAUGCUCAUGCUCUAGCUGAUGAAUAUCCUCACAAGUCAUACCGGGGCUCAUUUACCAUGAACCAUGGAGGUACUUGGGACAGUUGCGUCGAAUAUUAUCAGAAAGAUUACCAUGAGAAGUCGUUUCCUGGAUGUCCCCCUGAAUGGUGUAAUUAA